CUCACAUUCCGUUCCGCUCUCAGACCCCGGUCAACCCAGACGUCACUCUCAGUCUCAGCAGCACGAGCCGUCCCAAAACCCGGCACCAUGGCAACCCACCUCUUCACCAACGGCAAGAUCUUCCAGUCCGGCGUGCAGCCCGGCACCAACGCGGGCCUGCACGGCCAACCCACCUUCGCAUCAUGCAUGCUCAUCCACGGCACCCAAAUCUCGCACGUCGGCACGGCCACCGACCCCCCCAUCACCGCCGCUCUCGCCUCCCCCUCCACCACCACAAUCCACGACCUCGCGGGCCGCACCCUCCUCCCGGGCUUCGUCGACGGGCACAUGCACCUGAUGCUGCUCGGGCAAGCCCUCAACAAGCUCGACCUCGGCCGCUGCACCGACCUGCCCGCCAUCCAGGCCGCCAUCCGCGCGCACGCCGCCGCCCACCCGCACGCGCCGCGCCUGCUGGCCCGCGGCUGGAUGCACAGCAUGACCCCCCACGGGGCGCGCGCGUCGGAUCUGGAUGGGCUGGACGUGCCGGGGCGGGAUCGGCCGGUGCUGGUGGAUUCCAAGGAUCUGCACUCGACGUGGUGUAAUACGGCCGGGAUGGAGGAGCUCGGCGCGAAGGAGUGGGCGGAUGUGCCCGGGGGGGUGAUUGAGAGGGAUGAGGGGGGCGGGUUGGUCGGGGUGUUUAGUGAGGCGGCGAAUAUCACGUAUGUGUGGCCGUAUCUGGCGAGUGUGGCCAGUGUGGAGGAGAGGAUGGGCGCGAUUGAGGCGGCGGUGGCGGCGUAUCAUGAGGCGGGGUAUACGGGCAUGGUGGAUAUGGCGAUGGAUGAGGGGGGGUGGGAUGCCUUGCAGGCGCUGAGGGGGAAGAGGGAGGGGAGGAUUCCGAUGCGGAUCGCGGCGUAUUGGUUGGUGAAGCCGUGCGAGGAGGAGAGGGAUAUGCUGAAGCAGGUGGAGAGGGCGAUCGAGCUGGCGGGGGAGUUCAAUGCCGACACGACGCCGGACUGUAGGAUCGUGGGGAUCAAGGUGAUCUGUGAUGGGAUUGUCGAUGCUUGCACGGCAGGGCUGUCGGAACCGUACGCGCAUAACGGGCAUACCGAGGUGCCGCUGUGGACGGCGGAGCAGCUGGAGCCGGUUGUGCGGAGGGCGGAUGAGGCCGGGUUACAGAUCGCACUCCAUGCUAUCGGGGAUGCAACCAUGAAGAUGGUAGUGGAUAUCCUGACCAAGUUUGCGAGUCCGGAACGCCGGCCCCGCGUGGAACAUCUCGAGCUCACCACCGAGGAGGACGCCGCUCGCCUCGGAAAGGGGCGCAUUACCGCAUCCAUCCAACCGGUUCAUGCCGACCCAGCCAUUCUGAAGGCGUGGCCGAAGCUGCUGGGCGAGCACAGGUGUGGACGGGCUUUCGCUUACCGCGAGUUCUCUGAUUUAGGCGCGCCGCUUGCGCUCGGGAGUGAUGCCCCUACCGCCCCGCAUACGCCAUUGGGGAACAUCUACGUCGGAACUACGAGGAGGUCGUAUCGGGAGCCCGAGAUGGAGAGGACGGUGAACCCCCAUUUCUCGCUCGGGCUGUGCGAGGCGGUGGCUGCGGGGACAGAGGGCGCGGCGUACAGCUGUUUUGAUGACCACAGGAUAGGGGUUCUCAAAAAGGGGCAUAAGGCCGACUUUGUAGUGGUCGACAUGGAGUGGGAAAAGGAGAAGCUCAUGGAAGCAAAGGUAGUUGAGACCUGGUUCGAUGGCGAGAAGGCCUGGUCGGCAUAGGGGUAGCAUAAUAUCGCUGCCAGUGCUUGGUAGGAU